UGCGCAUGAAGGAGUCGCAGUCGCUUCUGUGCUGAGUUUUUGUUGACAAGUGAAGUUGGCUACAAGAAAUCGCGUGCUUCGGUUCGUGCUUUAUUUCAAGACCGGCUCUGUACUUUAAGAGAAGGCAAAGAAUCUCUUGAGAUAAUAUCAUCGCACCACCAUGGCGAUGCCAUUCAAAGUGAAUCGGAGUGUGUCUAUGGAUGAUGCCGAGCGGGAGUUUUGCUGCCGUCUCGUCUGCCUUUUGGUCUGUCUCCAUUACCUAAGAAGACUGCAGCAUCGUGCGACCAUCGCUGGGCGCCGCCGGAACUUUCUUCUAAGAGCCCUGAAAACGGUGUCCUUAUUGGACGAGGAGGAUGUGACUCGGCAGAUUCGGACACUGAUCACGUACCUUGCGGAACUUCCCGAUGUUCCGGCACUUGAGGUGCCUGGGCUGACGAACGACGAGUGUCCCGCAGACAGCCACCAGUGCACGCCUCUGGCCGUCUCUCCCGCCGUCGACGUGGAGGAAGAGUCCGAGACUGUAGCGGCAACUGAAACUCCCACAUUGUGGGCUGGUUCCUCGGUGGACAUUCAACCGUCCCUCUCUCCUCAACGUCAUGGGACCGACGAGAAGUGUCUGGUGGGAAGCCCUCAUUCCGAACUUGUGGCCGUCUCUUCCACCAUAUAUGUUGACGAAGAGCCCGAGACGGUUUCGUCGACUGAUAGUCCUACAUUGUGUGUCGAGGCCUCGGUGGAUACGACUGAGCCGUCGUCCGUCCCGCAACGUCACGCGGCCCAGGAGACGGUGAGAAAAAGCAACAUUUUCUGGAUUACAAGGCGACCGUAA